AUGAGUACGAAAUCCGAGCAAAGGGCACCACUACCUCGAGCUACAGAUGCGAUCACGAAGGUUGUCAAUGGUGAUGCAACAAGUUUGGCAUCGACCAACGAUUCUAUCAAUGGUUUCGAAGAGAAUGGUGUUUGUGAACAACAACAACAUUCGCAUGACAUCGAGCAGCAACAGCAUGUCGUCGGAAGUGCGCCUGCGUGCUCAACAGUGAAUUUGGAGAACGGGGUUAUAGCCGGUGCAGGUGAGCUGUCACCAUCGGCGUUGCGAAGAAGUACGCGCGCUUGUGCGCUCAGAGCAGCCGAACGUAUCAAGCUUAAGGAGAGUCUAACGCCGAUCAUCGACGGACUAGCAUCACAGAGUGGUGAAGGAUACGUAUCGGGUGACGACGAUUUGGACGAGGGCAAGCGACCUGCUAAGAAGCGGCGGAUGGCUUCAGGUUAUGUGCUAGAUCAGUCGAAUUGCAAAUUCGGUAUCAAAUUGGAAGGGGAUGAGGUAUUAUUGAUGAGCGACGAAUCUGAAGUGUCAAGUUUGAAUGAUUUCGAAACGGAACAACUCAAAAAGAGUUAUGAGAAAAUCCUUCAUAGAGAUAUGCCCGAGGAACAAAGAAGAGAACGAGAAUUAUUAUUGAAAGCAAUGGAAGCUGAUUUAAGGCUCGAGGAGGCCAAGCUUAUGAUGCUCAAAAAGUUACGACUCAGUCAACAAGUUUCUGUGAGACAGCUGCAAGAUGCAAACGUACGUAAGAUGACUGCAAACGUGGCUCAGAAUGGAAGUGGUAAUGCUUACAAACCACCAGUCGCCACACCACCUACACGUUCUGUUGGUUGUUCACAUAAUACUGUUCAUCCGAAAGCAUCAACGUCGUCGAAUACAACCACGACGUCGUCGUCGUCUGCGUCAGCACUUUCGUCGCGUAACGCAAUUAAUACGGCUGCGGCCUUGAUGAAGCUAACCCAGCAACAACAACAAAUGCUACAGAAUGCUGCUAAAAGUGGCCUACUGAAUUCAGCUGCUGCGCAAGCGAUUCUUCAACAAGCACAACAACAUGCUCAGUCAAAUGGUCGAAUGAAUCAUCAUCAUCAUCAGCAGCAGCAACAGCAGGCGUCUGCUGCUCUCUCUCAGCAACAACAGUCUCGACUGAAUGCGAUCGCACAGUCCACUGCACGAGAGUCGGCUGUCCAGAAAGCAGCUGCAGCCAAACUAGCACUUCGUCGUCAACUCGAACAACAGCUUCUUCAGAUACCACCACCGCGUCCGCCUCCCCCCGAAAUGCAGUUCAUACCAAAUGGCAGUCAACCGGAUUUCUGUUAUUUAUUAGGCUUGGACAUCGCAGUUCAAAGGCUUCUUAAAGACAAAAAUGCUACCAAGCAUGUAUCAGAGGGACCGUACAUUUGUGAAGAGUGUGGCACCGAUUACACACCGUUAUGGAGAGCAAUUGGUGCGAAUGAAGACUCAUUACAUCUAUAUUGUGAAGCUUGUGUGAAAGCUGCGCAAAAGAAGAAAAUGCGACAAGAUCAUACGGCGCUACUUCGAAAAGCGUUCAACAAAGUACUGGAGAAAGAGCAGGAAUUAGAGAAAGAAAUCGCUGAAGGAAAGUACGAGACAAUUGUACCUUCUUCAUCGACGCCUCGUUCUGCGACACCUGUGGCAACACCCCCUCCGAAACAUGCCACAAAAACCACACCUAAUUCGGGUAUUUCCACCAGUAAUCUCAAAACAUCCGCUAGUUCAUCGGCACUUUUGCAUCAGCAGACCAAAUCGCAAGCUCACAAACGACCAGCAUCGAAUGCACCAAAUAUUGGCUCGCCUUCAGUCACCACUCAGAAUGUCGCUGCUGCGGCAGCAGCAGCCGCAAUUGCGGCAGCUGCGGGUGGAACAACGUCAAGUAAUUUAUUGCAACAACAGAUGGCUGCCGCAGCAUUCAGGCAUACCAAUCCAAUGCUUGCUGCCGCAAUGAUGGCAAACCCCUUACUCAGUGCACCUAAUAUGCUACAGAUGCAGUGGAAUCCUUUGAUGCAGCAACGAUUACCGAAUUUGGCUAUGGCCGCACUCGCACAGGCCGUUCAAAGCGCACAACAGAGUAAUGCUGCUGCAGCUGGCUCAGGCGCCGCAGCCGCAGCUGCAGCCAAUCCUUUGGCUGCACUUGCCGCUUCCAUGAACCCGGCGGCCGCUGCAGCACUCUUCAAUAACCCACAGAUGGCCAGGCAGUUGCAGCAAGUCUAUCAAGCCUCCCAAAGGAACUUUUUGCUCGAGUAUGCCAAAAGUCAGAUCAAAAAAUAG